CUCACCUCUAUCCCCCCGACACCCACUUCUGCUUCUCCUCCUCAAUCUCUCCGAACCCAUCAAAAACAGAAACAUCAAACAUUUCAUCCUAAGCUCAACUUGAGGGGUGGUAAAUGAUUUGUUGAUGAAAUAUGGCAUGCCAGAUGAUACAUUCAUGGACAUUUAGUGGGCUUGUGGGUGCAUUUCUUGAUCUUUCAAUAGCUUAUCUGCUACUCUGUGCAUCUGCUGUUGCAUUUUUCGCUUCAAACUUCUUGGAUUUAUUUGGAUCGAGUCUUCCAUGCCCUUCUGAUGGGUUGUUUGGGAACCCCAAGAACAAUUACUGCUUACAGAAGCAGUUAGUGGACGGCCCAUCUGAGAAAAUCGGCGGAGUUCAGUUGCAGCUGAGGAGCAAGUUCCCUUUUGAUGUAAUGUUGAGUAAUGAUCCACAUUUUCAUUCAAAGUUGAAGCCGGAUCACGAGAAUGGGAACUUUGAGUUUGAAGGUGAUGCGUCCUGCAGCUCGUAUUCGGAUGCAAAGGUGCUGAAUGGGGUUGGGAGAGGUUCUCUUUCAGGGAAUGAGCAGAGUUGUGAGUCUGGUGCGAUGAAAUUGGAGCAAUGGUUGGAUCAUAAGGGAAAGAAGGGUGGUACUCGAAGGCCAAGUCAUGGUCUUAGGCGCCGUCGCAAGGGAGCUGCCUCUGUUGAUUUUGGGAAGCUGUUUUCAGUUUCCACAUGUGAUAUGGUACAAUCAGAUUCUGAAGACAUGGUUACACCUAUCAAUUCAAGAAGGCCAGGUCAUGGUAUGCAACGCCGCCGCAAGGAGCGUUCUGUUGAUCAUGGAAAGGUGUUUUCGGUUUCACCAUAUGAUGUGAUGCAGUCCGGUGCAAGAGACAUUCCUACUCCUCCUUCCAGCAGAAGUAAAGUAGGGAAUCAGGUUACUGAAGUUCGUUCCAGUUCAGAUGGGAUGGAAGCUCCAACAGACAGUGGUAGGCCAGAAAGAGUUUCGCGUCUUGAGUUGAAUGAACAUGUUGGAAAAAACAAAUCAAUGGAGAAUGAUGUUUCAUCUAUUGAGAAUUUUGGUGGCAAUGAGCAAGAGAAGCCAGUGUAUGAUAAUAAUGAUAAAACUACAGUUCGAGUACUGGAACAAGCACUGGACGAAGAGCAUACUGCUCGCACUGCUCUCUAUUAUGAAUUAGAGAAGGAGAGAAGUGCUGCUUCUACAGCGGCAGAUGAGGCCAUGGCCAUGAUAUUGCGUCUGCAAGAGGAGAAGGCAUCAAUUGAAAUGGAGGCAAGGCACUACCAGAGGAUGAUACAGGAAAAAUCAGCUUAUGAUGCUGAGGAAAUGAACAUUCUCAAGGAGAUUGUACUCAGGAGAGAAAGGGAAAAACAUUUCUUGGAGAAGGAAGUUGAGUACUACAGGAAACUACUUUUUGGAUAUGAUCAAGCUGCUGAUGAUAUGCAUGAUGUUGCUGCCACAGAAUCACAGCGUAUUUCACGGCUUCCAAGUGAAGAGCUAUUUCUAAUGCUAGAGCGGACAAGCGAUACAAUUAGUGAUAAAUCAAAGUUGAAAAUGGCAAAUAGUACUGCAGAUUAUGGGGCUCCAUCAAGUGACUUGCAAAACCACACUCUGGCCUUGGGCAAAGAACUACCAGUUCCAGAUUUGGACGAACAUGACUUUUCAAAGCAGGUGGACAUGCAUCUGCUUCCAAGCAUUGAUAGCCAUUCACAUAUGUUAGAUAGUAGGGAUGAGAUCAGCAACAAGUUUCAAGAGAAAGGAAUGGUGUCUGUGGAUGAGGGGCUUAAUUUGGUUGAAAAAAUUAUUCCUCCUAACGAACAUGAAGUUGAUACAGGUGGUAGCAAUGUGGAUCAGGGAAGCAAAGAUCCACCUAGCUUAACGUCUUAUACAGAGCCUUGUGUUCAUGAUGUUCAUGUUAUUGAUGAGAAGUCUGAUUUGUAUAAUGAGACGAGUGCAGAGAAAAGCAAACAGUUAUUAGCAAAUGCUACCUUAGAUAUUUCUGAAAAACACAAGAGUAUGACAGGGUUGGCAAUUGAGCGAAAAGUGCACGGAGUUAAUUCAGACACAGGUAGUGAAUUUUCAAUAGGGGAUGGGGCUCAAGGCAAAGCUUUACCUUACAAUAUGCGGAGAAAUUCCAUGAGGAGGAAUUCCAUGUCUGCAGUUGAUUAUGAAAGAUUGAAAAUUGACAACAAAGUGGACAGAGGUAGUUCAGACACAGAACCUAAAGAUGUGCGGAGAAAUUCCAUGACUGCAGUUGAUUAUGAAAGAUGGAAAAUGGGCAAUAAAUCUUACAGAGGUAGUUCAGACACGUCGCCAUCACCUUCUGUCAUGCGAAGAAAUUCCAUGUCUGCAGUUGAUUAUGAAAGAUGUAAACUUGACAAUGAAGUUGAAUGGCUUAGAGAAAGGUUGAGGAUUGUGCAAGAGGGAAGAGAGAGGCUCAACUUCUCAGUCGGGCACAGAGAAAGGGAUAAAGUUCAGCAAAAGCUUUUAGAAGAUAUAGCAAGCCAACUCCAAGAGAUUCGGCAAUUGACGGAGCCUGGAAGGGUCAAGUGCCAGGCUGCAUUGCCGCCCCCAUCAUCUAAGGUUAUGUCGAAGAAAAGACGAUGGCGAACUUUGUCUCUUGGAGUGCACAGAAGUACCUAACAAGGUAGGACUGUUUAUUAUACAAGUGACAGCUGGGAAGCUGUUAUGCUCAUUUCCGUACACUACAAGGAAGCUUUCUCCUUAGCCACAUUUUUAAAUGUUUGCUCUGGUCGAGUAUGGUUCUCACCCUUUUCCGUUACUAGUUUCCCAUAGAAGUCCAUUUCAUGGGUUUUCCUAUAACAAACCCUUAGAAGCAUAGCAUUGUGGGAUAAAAAAUCUGUCAUCAAACUGGACGAAAGCCACAUGCUAAAUCAGAUGCAGGAGAAGGCUGGAUUAUAAUGAGUAUCGAGAAGGUACAUAUUAUGUUCUUUCCACGGGGUAUAUGACCAUGUCAUUCCACUUCGGAAAUAAUCUUUCAUAUGUUGAAGAACAGUGUUUUCACUUGAGAAGUUCAAUAAAGGCGGAUGAGUGCAAAAAAGAUGUACACAUGCAGUAUGUUAGGAUGUGAUGAGAAUUUAUUAGGAAAGUAAAUCCUAGUUGUACUUGGUUACUUUUCAUAAUUGGACAUGGUUUAUGUCAAAGUUUAUUCUUUUCAGGAAUAUGUUCUUUUCUAGUAUGAAAAUGUUUUGGUUUUCCUAUGACCAAUUGGAUUGUAAUUGGUGUGCCUAUAUAUAGGAGACACAGGGAGUUAACCAAGGUGUGGCUGUCAUGACUUAGUUCGUGGAUGUGGUCAUCAGGGCAUGGCCAUCACGGUAAGGUGGAUGCAGUCAUCGACAAGGGAGUGUAUAUCUCUUGUGUAAGAGAGCAGAGAUGUCAAGGGUGAGGAUAGCUCUUGAA